UAGCAAUCAGUAGUCAAAAGCUUACUGCCUUUAGGAAAGCAGAUUGUAGGGUGAGACAUAAAUGAGCUAGCAGCAAGUGCUGCUGAGUAAAUGAAAGAGCUGCUGCACUGUGGAACCUGAUGUGAGCAAAACACAAGCAAAUCUUUCCGAGUGGAGAAGCAGCUGUCCCCCAGGAGGAGCAAACGGAAUCACUUCUAGAAGAAACAUGUUCCGGAAAAGACUUCUACUUGCUGGAAUUGUGAAUGUUCGAAAUAUCAUUUUGAACACAUUGCAGCCGAAAGGAAUAAAUAUACUAAGAAGAACACUGACAGAUAAACAGAACAUCUCAAAAGAAUCACUGACUUAUUCUGAGAAGAUCCAAGAUAAAGGCAAAGAACCCCCAGAGCCUUUAUGGACUACAUUUGCUGAUAGUGUGGUCAAGCUCAGAAUAGAUCACUCAUGUUCACAAACUCCAAUAACAGUUCAUCAGAUGUUCAAAGAGACUGUGGAUAAAUAUGGGCCGCUCAAUGCUAUGGCCAGCAAAAAGAAUGGAGAAUGGGAAAAAAUCACAUUUGCAGAGUAUUACAAUCUUUCCUGGAAAGCAGCCAAAAGCUUUUUGAAGCUUGGUCUUGAACGAUUCCACAGUGUAGCAAUACUUGGAUUUAACUCUCCAGAAUGGUUCGUUUCAGCGGUUGGGGCUAUUUUUGCUGGAGGAAUUGUCACAGGCAUCUAUGCAACCAACUCUCCCGAGGCCUGCCACUACAUUGCUUAUGACUGCAAAGCCAAUAUCAUUGUGGUAGAAAAUCAAAAACAACUGGACAAGAUAAUGCAGAUCUGGAGUCGUCUACCGUGCUUGAAAGCAGUUGUGCUAUACAAUGACUCUUUGCCAGAGAGACAUCCCAAUUUAUAUACGAUGCAAGAAUUUAUGGAGUUGGGAAAUGAGAUACCAGAUACUACACUCAAUGACAUUAUUAGCUCUCAAAAGCCAAACCAAUGCUGUGUGCUAGUAUACACUUCUGGAACAACUGGGAAGCCAAAAGGAGCCAUGCUGAGUCAUGACAAUAUAACCUGGACGGCAGCACAUGCCAGCAGAGCAGGGGAUAUGCAACCAGCAGAAAUCCAACAGGAGAUUAUAGUCAGUUACCUCCCGCUCAGCCACAUAGCUGCUCAGAUAUAUGACCUCUGGACUGGAAUCAAGUGGGGAGAGCAAGUUUACUUUGCUGAGCCAGAUGCUUUAAAGGGCAGCUUGGUCAAUACACUGAAAGAAGCACAGCCAACAUCUCAUAUGGGAGUUCCACGAGUAUGGGAGAAAAUCAUGGAGAAAUUAAAGGACACAUCUGCUCAGUCGGGAUUUAUGAAAAAGAAAGUGUUAUCAUGGGCCAUGUCCAUUAGCUUAGAGAGGAACCUAAGCUGCUCAGGAAGCAGUGACUUGAAGCCCUUUCGAACAAGAUUAGCAGACUACUUAGUACUUGCAAAAAUCCGCAGUGCUCUGGGAUUUUCCCACUGUCAGAAGCAUUUCUCUGGUGCUGCUCCUCUCACUACAGAAACUCUGGAUUUCUUCUUGAGUCUGAACAUCCCCUUGUACCAGGCGUAUGGGAUGAGUGAGACCACAGGCCCGCACUGCAUGUCUGGGCCAUAUGUUUACAGACGUCGCAGCUGUGGCAAAGCAGUGCCUGGCUGCAAAGUGAAACUGGUGAAUGAGGAUGCAGAUGGCAAUGGAGAAAUUUGUUUCUGGGGAAGAACUGUUUUCAUGGGUUAUUUAAAUAUGGAGGAUAAAACAAAAGAAGCCAUUGAUAAUGAUGGGUGGUUGCAUUCUGGAGACCUGGGAAGACUAGACAAGGACGGCUUCCUCUAUGUUACUGGAAGAAUUAAAGAGUUAAUUAUUACAGCUGGAGGUGAAAAUGUGCCUCCGAUCCCAAUUGAAGAUGAGGUCAAAAAGGAACUGCCAAUUGUUAGCAAUGCUAUGUUGAUUGGAGAUCAAAAGAAGUUCUUAUCAAUGUUACUGACCUUAAAGAGUACUCUGGACCCAGAUACAUCCGAUCCUACUGACAAUCUGACUGAGCAAGCCAGAGAAUUCUGCCAGAAAAUUGGCAGCAAAGCCACUACAGUGUCAGAGAUUGUGGCAACAAGAGAUCAGGCUGUUUACCAGGCCAUUCAAGAAGGAAUCAACAGAGUCAACAUGAAGUCCACUGCCAGUGUUCAGCAUAUUCAGAAAUGGACAGUCCUGGAAAGAGAUUUCUCCAUUUCUGGUGGAGAAUUUGGUCCUACGAUGAAAUUAAAACGACCUGCUGUGCUUGAAAAAUACAAAGAUGAAAUUAAUUCAUUUUACAAAGAAUAAAAUUAGUCUUCAUGCCAAGUAUUGUCUGCAAGUUUCCCAAGAAGCAAAACAAAUUCACCAACCCUGUGUUGCAGGAAACAGCUCCCAACAAAUGCAUUUGAGGAUUUACUUUUCUAGGCUAGCACACCUACCGUUUGUUUUGCACCCUAUGCAACAGGCAUUAGAAGAGAAACAUCCAUAUAAAGAUCUAGUUGUAAUUCUGCCUGCAAAGUAAUAAAAUUUCUUGCUACAGAUAA